AACGGAAUGGAGGGAGUAGUACUCUACAACCUUAGGCAGCGAGCACACCUGGGUUUGUUUACCUCAUCUCAUCAAGCAAGCUCCCGAGUCCCGAUUCAACCCCAAACGUCUUCUAAACCCAAACUAAGCAUCGCUAAAGCUGCAAAAUCAGACAUCUUUUCUCUGAACUGGUCAAACAAAACUCAUUCCCGACUACGGAAACGGCGGAAAAUACUGCCGACAGUUGAUAUGGACAAUGGAGAUCAAACAGCUGAUGUUGGAACUUGGUUCUCUAGUCUGGUCCAUGAUCAGUGGGUGAAGCUUCCUAUUUCGGGUCAUCGACCUCCAGGUCGCUACAAGCAUGCUGCUGCUGUUGUUGGGGAGCGCCUUUACAUUUCCGGUGGUAGUCGUAAUGGUCGCCACUUAUCAGAUAUUCAGGUUUUAGAUUUCACUCACUGUACGUGGUCAUCACUGAAGCUGCCUGCUUGCCCAUCUGCAGCUCAAUCUGAAUACGAUAGCUUGGUACAAGUCUUCCCAGCCACCUCAGGUCACCAUAUGAUUGUUUGGGGACAAAAACUGCUUAUUCUGGAUGGGAAUUCAAAGUAUUCUAGCUAUGUAACAGUGCGAUUUUUGGAUCCAGAGACGCAACAAUGUGGUGUUAUGGAGACUAUUGGAGAGCUUCCGGUUGCUCGCAUGGGAGAGUCAGUGGCACUGUCUGGCUCAAAAUUGAUAAUGUUUGGCGGUGAAGAUACCCACCGAAAGCUUCUGAACGAUGUCCACAUUCUUGAUCUUGACACAAUGACUUGGAAAAAAGUUGCGACUACGCAGAACCCCCCUUCUCCACGAUAUGAUCAUGCAACUGCUGUACAUGCUGAACGUUACUUCCUAAUAUUUGGUGGCUGUUCUCACUCUACUUGUUUCAAUGAUUUAUAUGCACUAGACUUGGAUACAAUGGAGUGGUCUCAACCUGAAACCCGAGGUGAUUAUGUGUCUCCUCGAGCUGGCCAUUCCGGUAUUACGGUUAAUGGAAACUGGUACAUAGUUGGCGGUGGAGACAAUAAAAGCGGAGCCCUCGAUACACUAGUCUUAGAUAUGACAAAGCUUGUGUGGUCUGUGGUAACCACCGUAGAUCUAAGGCAUCCACUUGCCAGCGAGGGAAUUAGCAUCUCCUUUGCUCUUAUCUAUGAGGAUCAAUAUUUGGUUGCUUUUGGUGGAUAUAAUGGAAAUUAUAACAAUGAGGUGCUUGUUAUGAGACACAAAUUGAAGGAGUCUGCACGUCCUAAGAUAUACCAGUCACAAGCUGCGGCUGCUGCAGCAGCUUCUGUUGCUGCAGCUUACGCUAUUGGUUCAGGGAAGCAGUUGGAUUCAAUCAAGAUGUCAGUAUCUGUCGCUGAAGUUCAGGAUGGUUUUUCUGAUAAUGGUAACAUCAAAGAUGCUAAAAGAUUGUUGCAAUCGUCACUUGCGCAAGUUAAAGAAGAAAAUUCUAUGCUCAAGGGAAAGAUUGAUGAAAUCAACAGUAACCAUGAUGAAUUGUCGAAGGAAUUUGCUUCUGUUCAGGGUCAAUUGACAGCAGAGAGAUCUAGAUGCUUUAAGUUGGAGGCGCAGAUAGCAGAACUAGAAGGCAUGCUAGAAUCGCUCCCUUCCAUCGAGGCUCAACUGCAAUCACUGAGGAAGGAUAAAGUCACCUUUCAGCAGGUUCUAGAGCAUGAUACAGCUGUCCAGGGACAAGGAUCAUGGGGUAUCUGGCCAUGGUAGCUGAUUUUUGAAUUGGAAAAGAGGGUUGACAGGCUUGACAUGCUGUAUUUUCGGUGGUUUUUCAUUUGGAAAUUGUAUAUCAUUCGAGCAGCCAGUGACUAUUUGACUGUAAGUGAAAUUCAAUACCGAAUACCCAAGUUCAUUAUACUUGGCAUGCGGGAAAUAUUCCUGAUAAAAGUUGCGAGCAUUAGUAAUUGUUUUCAUAUCAA